GGCACUGAGCCAAGAGAGAGAGAGCAGGGAAAAGUUGAGAGAGAGCCAGAGGGGCCAGCUAGCAGGCAAACGGAAGAAGAAACUGGGGCUCUGCUAUCCAGGAAGAAGAGACAGGACCGUCCGAUCCAGCAGCCAUAAGUCACCGGGGCUACUGCAUCAGCACUCCUCCUGUCCAUCCUCUCUCUCCCUCUCUCUCUCUCUCUCUCUCUCUCUCUCUCUCUCUCUCUCUCUCUCUCUCUCUCUCACACUCUCUCUCUCUCUCUCUCUCUCUCUCUCUAACUGGGGCUGCAGCCUGCCUUUCUCUGCAGAGGAAGCGCUGGCUGGUGGAAUCUACUUGAAUGCACCCUGAGAAAAGAGAGAGAGAGACUGACUGGCUGUGCGCAGUGAUUCUCCCCUGCUCUGCCGUGCGUUUGUCCUCACUGACUCAGCUGGUCUCUGUAGUCAGCCUGCUGGUCCAGCCUCUCGGGAACACAGCCACAGGAAGAGUCCUUCUGACAGGAGUGUUGUGGGGCUGGCAGGCAGACGCACCACAACCAGGACUGGCUAACAACACAGUGGGACGUGGUACCUCGGUUGGGAUCAGAUCAGACACCCAGGCACAACACACAACCAGACCAGUGGGACUCUGGGUUACAUCCACCUGACUACCAGAGGAGUUUUUGACGGGAUAACUCCAGCCCAACGGACCCCGGGCUGGAUCCCACAGCAGGGGGUGUUUUGGACGGGUUCAGACUGCCAUGGAAGUCCAGGGGAGUGGGGCUGAGCAGCCCAGGUCCAGGUGUCUGUUCUCCAGCCUGAUCAUCACUCUGCUGCUCAGUGUGUGGUCUGCUCAGGGCCUGGAGAUGUCCACAGGGAAGGUCCCAUUCAUGGAGGCGCUGAACGGCAGUACUGUGCUGCUACCCUGCACCUACGCCAGCUGUAUUGGCAUCAAAAACCUUUACUUCAACUGGCAGUACAAUGACAACGGCACGAUGCAGAAGGUUUGUGAGUCAGUGAUUCCGUCAGACGGGAUGGAUCCUCAUCCAGUGAGUAUCUACCGGGAGCGGGUGGAGUUUAUCGGCACCAGUGAUCACAACAACAUCUCCAUCCUGCUUUGGAACAUCACCUUUGAGGACGAGGGCCAGUACACCUGCUUCGGACGCAACCCCAAAGAGAAGGGCAAGAACCACAGCGCUAUCUUUACCCUUGUCGUGGUGGACGAGUUACGAGUGGUGGACAACACUCUCACCAUCAUAAUUGCUUCUGCAGUGGGCGGAGCCAUCGCCCUGCUGAUGACUUUCAUGCUGGUGAAGAACUUCAUCCUUUUCGUUCUCUUCAAAAUCGAGGAGAGGAAAAAGAUCGAGUGCCUUGUACAAUCUUCCUCAGCUGAUGAAACAAACAAUGUCUCAGGAUCCAAAACUUCAAAACCACUGACACCAAAGAAGAAAUGAGAGUACUUGCAUGUAUGUACAUCCAUAUAUAAAUAUACAGUUAUAUCUAUGCAUAUACUGUAUUUUUAUGCAUAAACAUGUGUAUUGACAUGUGACUCCAUGGGCAGGCUUCUUGGGCAGGUUUUUUGGACUGAGAAGCACGUCUGAUGGAGAGACUUCAUUGAAAGUGUUUGUUAGUCCAAUAAGCUUAGGCUGUGUCCCGGAAACUGCUCCCAUACGUUCUAGUUGAUAUAUAAUUUUUUUUUUAAUUAAGACCUGAACCUAGGACUGUUUUUCAUAUUAUAUUAAAAAGAAAAUAUAUGCUUAAGACGAGGAAUAAUGCUACGUAAUAAUGCUGUUUAAACUGUGCUGGAUCCUACUCCUCUCUCCACCAACCAACCCCACUGCCCUGGGUUCAACUGAAACUGUCUACAAAAUCAAACGGUGUGUUUGAAGAAAAUGUAUGUGAUAUUAUUCACAGUUUAAUUCAAUCUCCACUGGCAUUAUGCCACUUCAGAUCCAGCUUCAGUCCUAUUGCACAAUACCACUGAUUCGCAUCAAGUUUAGUUUAGUGCUGUUUAGAAUACAAUAUUAACUCUGCGAUUCCAAAAGUAAUGAAUUAACCCUGUUGUAUCAUAUUUAGAAACCAGGGUCUCUAAAGGGUUUUGCUGCGGUGAGGAGUGAGAAAGGAUCCAGUUCAGAACAUUAUACAUUUUCUUUGCUUGAUAUAAAACACUGGUGCCUGUUAGUGCUUCUAUCUUCCUCUGCUGGUAGGAAGACUAAAUACUGCAAAACCAUUUACCAAACGCAGCAAAACGCAAAGGAAUAAUACUACAAGCUGAUGAAUGAAAUGAUAGACAAUCCCUUAACCGACCCCCUAGAAAAAGGAAUAAACCUCUAAUAAUGCUGCUUUUAAGACAAAUAACCUUAAUGCGUUUAUAAGCAUGUGAAACCCUAAGGCAGAUGUAGAGGCACAAUGCCUGACAAUAGAAAUGUACCCUCUCGUGUUCUUUCCUGGAAUCCCAGACUUAACCACGUGUGAUGUGUUUAGUUCUGCUUUGAAGCUGGUUCCAAAUCUGCUCAUCAUGCCGACCCUCACCACAUCCAGUGGUUGGCAUGGAAAUGCACUGGAAACUAUUAGGUAGUUGGUUCACUGGCUUGAACAUGAACUUGUAUCAGACAGAAACACACCCCACAUAUUCCUAUUGUAUGUCCACUUACAAAUAGCUGUCUCUUUGUUGUUCUGAACACAUUUACACAGACCGAUGUGUCGACACACUGCAAUAAGUACUGCCGUGCUGCAGCGCAGCGGAAUUUAUGAUGGUUCAUUCAUGGCUCCUGAUUCAACACAAAUUCAGCAUGUGCGGAAAACCAGAUGUCCCUCAUCUAUAGUCAUUACGGACACCUCCACUAACCACACCAUAAAGAGAUGCAUGGAGCAGCAGUUCGGUUGCAGGUAGAGCGAUAGACGGGGACAGAUCUUUACUGGACAGAGUAGAAUAGACACACAACUGAUAUCCCAUAUUCAGCCCAUUUAUUGUGCCAAACUGGGAUAACCCUGAGAAACCCACACCUGAUCAGGAAUGGACUCCUUUCACGGGUUUCCUAAGUUACUAUUGAAAUCAAACGCUAUUGAACUGCUAUGGCAUAUAUCCAAUGGUGGCACGUUUAAGAUGCUGAAUGUCUUGUUUUCAAAAUACCUCCAGUGUGUGUGAAAACAUGCGUGUUCAGGGGAGAACUUCAUGUCAAUGUCCAUUGUCUAGGACCUUGCUGCAUCUGUCAUUGUAUAAACAUAACAAAUAUACCUCCCUCAAUCACUGAAGAAGUUUCUGAGAUGGACAAGCCCCAGUAUUGCUGUUCCCAUAGCAUAGCCCUUCAAAUACAUGCACUGGCCUGUUGCAAUAGUAGGAGGGUCUUUUGGGAACUUUACCUUAAAGAUGUGCUAGACAUGUAAACCACAGAGAUGUCUUGUACCAGUGGAGCAGUGAGUGAAUGAACCUAAAUAGCUGUAUAUUUAACAUGAGGGUAAAGUUGAAUGACCUCAGGUGUCUUAGAUGAGAACAGAUCGAUGGCACGGUUAGAUCAUAGACAGUAGUAAAUGUACUAUCUCUGGUAGGACACGGAUUUGAGCUUGUGGCACUGAAUCCCUGACUGACUCACACUUCUAAGAGAACAGUGAUACUAUGCAAACACCACUACUGAGCGGAAGACAUGCAUGUACUGUAGGACAGACUGCUCCAGUUCUCCCAAUGGGAUCUGCUUUCACAACGCUGCCCAGGCAUUACAGCAACAUGACUAUAGCUACUGCAGGAUUCCAAUACACCAUUGAGUUGUGAUAAUGUCAGCAAUAAAAAUGACAGGAGCAACAAUAAUCAAAGUAGGUUAUGGGAAAUGGAGUUCUGAUGAGCUGAUCUAUGGAAGAUGAGGAACAGGUUUAUAGUGCACAGAUUUCCAUGGCUCAUCUUCUAUUCAGCAGAAGGGUCUGUGGGAUGGACGGCAGUGUGAGAAAUCCUUGAAAAGAAGAACCUGUGGAGAUAUGCAAUAUAGAGUAUGUAAUUUAAAAGAGCAACAUGAGAUUUUAGCCAUAAAUUACAUUUUGUUGUGGUUUUAAGGAGACUGCUUACAACCGCUUAAAUGGCUUAGUACAGCUUAUCACAAUCCGAAAAAGAUUGUUGCAAGGACGUGAAUGCAUUUUGUAUUGCUAAUGUUUUUGCUAUUGUCAACCUCACAGACGAGAACCAAUCGUGAUACAGGAAGUUGUACAAAACUAAUUUGCAGCUUCACGUAGAAUUCUAAGUAGGUUUUAUUGUGAAUUUCUAUUCCGUUGGUACUACUGGCAUGUAAUUCACAUUGGGCACUAGUUGCAAGUGGAAAUUUUUACAUGUAUAACCUCUAACGUACUUAAAGCAUAACUGUGAGUGACUCACGUCCUUUUGAAAUGCCCUUACACAGUACUGUAGCAGUACCAACCGUCUUCCCUGUACGCUUACAACUGUACUGAAAAGAACUGGAUGGAUCAAGCAAUAUGAAUGUUCAAUCUUUGUAGUUUGGAAAUUGAGAACAUUGUUGUACCACAUUGUAGUAGCAGAGUUGCUGACAGUGACCUCUGUCAUCCAUUAUUGCACUUUUGACAACAGAAUGUUUGAAUCUAUAAUGUCGCCAGACCGUACUGACACCUUGGUCCCACAUUGCUAUCCCAACUAACGCAAAUGUACAGUCAUUUCUCUUUACUCCCUCUCAAAUGAUGCCCCCUCCCAUGUAAUCUCUCCACCAUGCAGAUCAGCUGUAUUCUUUAUUAUAAAAGCCACCAGAAUCCAAUAAACGUUUAAAUAAAA